UUUGUUUCUUAGUCGCCACUAACUAUGCGAAUCGUUUCACCGUUAGUCACCGACCGUUACACCUCGUUAAAUUUGUCCUACGUGGCAGUUAACUAUUAAGUUUGACCGUUAACUUGAUGACGUGGAAAUAAAUGAAAAAUAUGACAGAUAACUUGUAGCGCGGGGCUCAAACCAAAAAUGAAAAAUAUGACAGAUGACUUGUAGUUCGAAUCUUGACGAUAACUUGUAGUUCGAAUCUUGAUAACGCGAUCAAGAUAAUACAAAAAGAAAACUAGAAAAUGACAAUUUAACAGUCUGUUUGUUCGUAACUCUCCACUGUCACUGCCAGCUCGUUAUUUGUUAGCGAGUAAUCGCAGUCACAUUUUCCCGCGUCAACUUAGAUAAAAGAACAAACCAACCUGCUCCCCUCCUACAGUAAAUACCCAAAUUGCCCCGCUCCGUUCCACCGCACUUUGCACCGCCGAAUGAUUCGCCGCCACGUGGCCGGAAGAGCAAAAAUCUUCCACUGAAAAUGGAAAAUGAAUAAAGAAGCCCUAGUGGUGAGUACAGUGAGUGUGUUUUUUGGCGGAUCUGUCGGUCGAGUGUCGGCGGGGGAAAAUUGCCAAUUUGGUCUCCCUUUUAAUUGAGAUCGAUUGGAUCCAAUCGAGAGAGAAGGAAGCAAAGCAAGGAAGCAUCUUCCGCUUCUUCUUCCACAUCCUUCCGCUUGCUCUGUGAAAAUGGAGCUCGAAGCUGAUCAUGGCGGCGGGACCAAGGGGCUGAAACAGCAGGUGUGCCAGAUCUGCAGCGAUGGCAUUGGGAAAACAGUGGAUGGGGAUUCCUUCGUUGCUUGCCAAGUUUGUGCCUUCCCCGUCUGCCGCCCUUGCUAUGAGUACGAGCGGAAGGACGGCACUCAGUCCUGCCCACAGUGCAAGACCAAGUACACUAGGCACAGAGGAAGCCCGCCGAUUCACGGGGAGCAGGUGGAUGAUGGGGAGCUUAAGGAUUUGGGGAGCAAGUCAGCCACUCACCCCGCAGUUGGGAUUCAAGAUGAGAAGCACAAGAUAGAUCGUAUGCUGGGGUGGGAGUCUGGCUCGGGCCGUAAAGACUAUUUCCCUUAUGCAGCCAGUAGACCUUCGAUGUCUGGUGAACUAUCUGCUGCGUCUCCUGGGCGUUACUCCAUGGCUUCUCCUGAGAGUGGCAGCAGAGCCACCAUCAGACUGGGGGACGGACAGAGGGAAUAUGCCGCGGGUGGGUUCGGCAAUGUAGCCUGGAAAGAGAGAAUUGAUGGUUGGAAGAUGAAGCCAGAGAAAAGUGCAGCUCCACCAAGUGUUAGUAAUGCACCUUCGGAAGGCAGAGGCGGUGUAGAUUUUGAUGCCAGCACUGAUGUGCUUAUGGAUGAUUCCUUACUGAAUGAUGAAACUCGUCAACCGCUUUCCAGGAAGGUUCCAAUUCCUUCGUCCAAAGUUAACCCCUACAGGAUGGUCAUUGUGCUGCGGCUUGUCAUCCUUUGCAUCUUCUUUCACUACCGUAUAACAAAUCCAGUCUGGGAUGCCAUUCCCUUGUGGUUGAUUUCUGUAAUUUGUGAGAUCUGGUUCGCAGUAUCAUGGAUAUUGGAUCAGUUCCCCAAAUGGUUCCCUGUGAACAGAGAGACAUAUCUUGACAGGCUAUCGCUUAGAUAUGAAAAAGAAGGAGAACCAUCUCAAUUAGCUUGUGUUGACAUCUUUGUCAGUACAGUGGAUCCUUUGAAGGAACCUCCACUUGUCACAGCUAAUACGGUGCUGUCAAUUCUUGCAGUAGACUAUCCCGUGGACAAAGUUUCUUGCUAUGUUUCAGAUGAUGGAGCUUCUAUGUUGACUUUCGAAGCCUUAGCUGAAACAGCUGAAUUCGCUAGAAAGUGGGUUCCUUUCUCCAAGAAAUACAGCAUUGAGCCACGAGCUCCAGAGUGGUAUUUUGCUCAGAAAAUUGACUAUUUGAAAGACAAGGUUCAGCCUUCAUUUGUCAAAGACCGAAGAUCCAUGAAGAGAGAAUAUGAAGAAUUUAAGAUUCGUGUCAAUGGGCUUGUGGCCAAGGCACAAAAGGUUCCGGAGGAAGGAUGGUUCAUGCAAGACGGUACCCCAUGGCCUGGUAACAAUACCAGAGAUCAUCCAGGAAUGAUUCAGGUUUUCUUAGGCCACAGCGGAGGGCUCGACAGUGAUGGCAAUGAACUUCCACGGCUAGUAUAUGUGUCUCGUGAAAAACGUCCUGGCUUUAUGCAUCACAAAAAGGCUGGUGCCAUGAAUGCUCUUGUGCGUGUUUCUGCAGUUCUGACUAAUGGGCCGUUCUUGUUGAAUCUUGAUUGUGACCAUUACAUAAACAACAGCAAGGCAUUGAGAGAAGCUAUGUGUUUUCUAAUGGAUCCUAAUCUUGGGAAAUCAGUAUGUUAUGUCCAGUUUCCACAGAGGUUUGAUGGUAUUGACAAGAACGAUCGAUAUGCCAACAGAAACACUGUGUUCUUUGAUAUGAAUUUGAGAGGAUUGGAUGGCAUCCAAGGACCUGUGUAUGUGGGCACAGGGUGUGUGUUCAACAGGACAGCAUUGUAUGGCUAUGAGCCUCCCUUCAAGCCUAAGCAUAGUAAACCAGGGUUCUUAUCUUCUUGCUUCGGUGGUUCCAGAAAGAAGAAAUCAAGCCGAAAAGAAAAGAAAAACUCGAGCAAGCAUGUUGACCCUACUGUUCCAGUCUUCAAUCUAGAAGAUAUAGAGGAAGGGGUUGAAGGUGCUGGAUUUGACGAUGAGAAGUCACUGCUUAUGUCACAAAUGACACUAGAGAAGAGGUUUGGCCAAUCGGCAGUUUUUGUUGCUUCAACACUAAUGGAAAAUGGUGGUGUUCCCGAAUCUGCCGAACCAGAGGCUCUCCUGAAAGAAGCUAUCCAUGUGAUUAGUUGCGGGUAUGAAGACAAGACAGACUGGGGACAAGAGAUCGGAUGGAUUUAUGGUUCAGUCACAGAGGAUAUCCUGACAGGAUUCAAGAUGCAUGCUCGUGGUUGGAAAUCAAUCUAUUGCAUGCCUGAGCGCCCUGCAUUCAAAGGUUCUGCCCCCAUCAAUCUAUCUGAUCGUCUGAAUCAAGUGCUUCGAUGGGCUUUGGGUUCAGUCGAAAUUCUCUUCAGUCGCCAUUGCCCUAUGUGGUAUGGCUAUGGUGGAAGGCUUAAAUUUCUCGAGAGAUUUGCCUAUGUCAAUACCACCAUUUAUCCUAUCACAUCCAUUCCUCUUCUAGCCUACUGCACACUGCCAGCUGUCUGUCUCCUUACCGGAAAGUUCAUUAUUCCUCAGAUCAGUAACAUUGCCAGUAUCUGGUUCAUAUCCCUCUUUCUUUCAAUCUUCGCAACGGGUAUUCUGGAAAUGAGAUGGAGCGGAGUUGGGAUCGAUGAGUGGUGGAGGAACGAGCAGUUCUGGGUUAUUGGAGGAGUGUCAGCUCAUCUGUUUGCCGUGUUCCAAGGCCUACUGAAAGUCCUAGCUGGAAUAGAUACCAACUUCACCGUCACGUCCAAAGCAUCCGACGAGGAUGGAGAUUUUGCUGAGCUGUACUUGUUCAAGUGGACGACUCUACUGAUCCCACCAACCACUUUACUCGUGAUCAACCUCGUCGGAGUGGUUGCUGGAGUCUCCUACGCCAUUAACAGUGGGUACCAGUCAUGGGGACCUCUCUUUGGUAAGCUCUUCUUUGCCUUCUGGGUGAUCAUUCAUCUCUACCCGUUCCUGAAAGGUCUGAUGGGUCGUCAGAAUAGAACCCCCACCAUUGUUAUCGUGUGGUCCAUCCUUCUUGCUUCCAUAUUCUCAUUGCUGUGGGUCCGGAUCGACCCGUUUACUACCAAGGUCACUGGGCCUGAUGUUGAGAUGUGUGGAAUCAACUGCUAGUUAGAGUGAAAAGAAAAGAACAGUUAUUCUAGCUGUAGCCACAGAUUGGAAGAAGAAUCACGAGGAUGCCUGCCUUCCUCCCCUGGGCGUUUGUUGUUUAGCCAUGUGAAGAACUGGGGAGAUAUCAAAUUGUGUUGAUGAAUGCAAUAAGGAUUGGAUGUAUUUAUAUGAUAAGAUACCCUGUGCUGGUCAGUUAUUGCUUUUCAAGUUCUGAUUCUUUAGUUCUUUGGACAUUCAGCGCCAUUGCUCUGUUGUAAUUUAUACAUGUGUUGGAAUUUGGAAAGGACGGUCCUUUUAAAUUGUUUGAUAGUGACUUCGGGCAGGGUAGAGCUGCUACUGCUUUUUGUAAUCUUGUAUGUUGAAUACUGGACAUGAAAUGAAAAUGGUUUUGAUACCCGACUUUGGCCCUCCUUCCUUGUUCUGCCUUAUUAUCGAUUCUGAUGCUCAACUCGCUCUUUAAUAGGGUUUAGCUAGGUGACUGAGGGUGAUCUAUUGGAGGAUAUUCUGUCUCGUGUCUCAAAUAGUUUUCUGAUAUUUCUUGCUACAUUUUACGUAAUAUGAAUAGAGCUGCUCAUUUGGUCGCGAUACAAGCCCUUCCGUCGGGUGGUUGUUCAUAUAGGAACGGACUAUUGAUGCGAGUUAUUCUGGGUGUGAACUGAGGCUUGCUGCAACGUAUUUGGUUGUUUGUUUGCGGAGUAUCUAUAUGAAUCAGAAAUUCUAGAUUCUAUGUCACAGAUCACAAUAUCUGAUAAACCUCUGCUUGGUUUUGGAUGAAUCACUAUUAGUACUGUGGUAGUUAGGUGAGCUUACUUCAAUCUUUAAUGAGAACUUGUGACUGGUCAGUUUGCUGAAUGAAAACAAAACAGCAGUAAGAUUCCUAGUUCCCAUGCACGCAGCUUCAGGCAGCAGAAUCAUUUGGCAUUUUGGCAACGGUCAAAACCUACAAUCAACCUCUGUUUCCCAAAAAAAAAAACAGAGACCACAGUUUGUUUGUUUGUUUCUAGGAGCAGAGAGCUAGAGACCACUGUUUGCGUUCAUAGUAAACAGAGACUACUGUUGUUGGCUGGCUUCCCUUUUCUUUCAACGUUUUUCUUUUUCUGGGUUAUCUACCAUAGAAUAUUGAACAUGAAAACUAUUAUUAGGAACAGUUUGUAAAAGAAAAGAUGUUUAUCUACCAAAACUGCAACGGUCGACUGCCCUUUUGUGAGGUUCUUUACCAAAAUCAUCAUGAUUAAAACUGGAUUGAGGUG